AUGUCCUCGCCAUCACCUCUUCCGAUGCUAUUUCGUGGCACCAAGACACUUUUUGGAGUGCAGAAAAGAACCUCGUUUAUCCACAAAUGGAGCCAUUUUCAAAGAUGGCAAGAGUUAGAGAAAGCACGCGAAGAGCACGUGCGCGAGACUGAACUGCAGAGAAAUUUCAUCAAAACCCCAACAGGAAUGUACCUAACUCCUGAGAAGCCGCAGGAUGUGCUUCCUAAAAAGGAUCGUGCCGAUAUGACACGCAAAGACACUGGAGCAGUUUCAAUUGAUCUUCUUGCUGCACACACACAAAUGCGCUACGUAGAUCAUAGUUUUGACAAUAUUAGAAGAUACAGAAGAUAUAGGCACUUUCAACAUCUACAAUACGAUCAAAGAAUGAUGCCGGAGAGACUUUUGUUUCUGGGACCUGAUCUUGCUGCCGCUCAUUUCUUGGUUCAUAGGGGAGCAUCGGUCAAGUUUCUGGGAGAUGAUGCAUGGUACAGAAAGGAUCAAAAAGAGAAUUACAAGCUCCCAGGGCGCAAGAUCCCUGGCCUUCACAUUGAGGCAAUCGACGCUUCUGGAACCGAACUCAUGUUUGAAGGUUUUGAGAAUCUACAGAACCUUAAGUAUCUGAGAAUGUUGCGGCUUGCUGACUGUCCCUACGUUGAUGAUUGGACAUUAGGAAGGAUAGGAGGAAUGAUGGAUGGACUAGAAAUGCUUGAUUUAAGUGGUUGUCAUCGUAUUUCCGCAAAAGGAUUGAUGGGGCUAAAAAUGUUGAAGUCACUGAAAUACUUACGUUUGGAGGGGAUCGAUGCAAAGAAUCUUGGUAAAGCUGCACUUCUUCUUGAAGACGUAAUUUCUGGUUUAAAAGUACUUGGCGUUGACUACGAACACGAGCUACAAACACUAGAAGCGGACUUCAGGCUUCUCGAAAAUCCCAGUGUUGUUGAAGAUGCAAAAGGUAACAUGUUUGCUGAGGACGACAACGGCCGCCUUUUCUAUAUAGGAGGUAGCGUUAAUGAGCGACCUGUUGUGUGCGACAAUGACGCACCAAUUAUGACAAGUACAAUACGUAGGGAAAUUCCCAAGAUGAGUGAUGAAGAAUUCGAGAAGAUCGAUCGUCUGUCUGGGGGAAAGUUGCGGCAUCUACUUGUCGGCUCUCCAAGUGGAUAUGAAUGGAACUCGCAGGUGGAGACCAUUCUUCAGUUCGAGGCAAACUAUAAUGAAAAAAGAGGGAUUCCUGUGGAUUCGAAGAUGUUGCCGAAGGAAAAAAGAGAAAAGUUCCCAGAGGAAGAGAAGCCGAGUUUGUUCGAAGCUGAGCGAUUGAAGUUUUUGAGUAGCACGGUCGCGAGCGCAGAGUGGAGAAUGAUGGAACAAAAACUUCUGUCUGAUAAAAAUCUCAACGCCAUGAUACAGGAGGCUGCUGGUGGCCGUAGCACCAACGUGCAGAAUAGGGUUGAUGAAACUGAGGCGAAAGCUCAACAAGGACGCCUUAGCUAA